AUGAAACAGGAAAAUCUCUGUUUUUUGAAAAGAUUACAAUUGAUGACUAUUAAAAGUCAGAGGUCUGCAAGAGAAUCAAGUAACAGUUUUAGGCCGCAGUUAAGCUCUGAUCACACUACAUAUGUUGUUGCUGUUGUUGUUAUUGUGUUUAUAGUUGUGUCUGACUUCACCAAACUAACUAAUUCUUUGACAUCUGCCAGCAUUGACAAGGACAAGCAGUCACCUCUUGUUGUUGAGCUUGUGCUCAAAGAAAAUCACAGCCCUCCCAAUGAAAUCCUUGUAGAUCAGAAAAUAGCUCUUCCCAAUGUUGCGGUUCUCAUCAACCUGAACCUAGAGUCUGACGUUAUUUGCCUCUCUUACACAAUUAUAGUCAAGUGUAGAGUCUAUAAUACAACUAUUUACAAAUGCUUUAUGGCUUGUUUUACUGGCUGUUUCAAUCAUGUUACAUUCUUCUCUCUUUGA